AUGCCCGUGUACGGAGAGGACGAGUAUGAGUUCGCUCGUUUUGUGGGUCAUCCCGACGCCCCCAGCCCCUUCAGAGGACCACCUUCUCCCGCCGUCGACGAAAUGUGGAACAGUCUGUGGGCCGACAACAUGCUGGUCUCCGAGCAGGAGUAUGCGCUCUCCCAGCCCCAGGACCGCCGGGCGGGGGUGUACGGUGUCUCGUCAACGAGCCAGGGCUUUUUCGCGACUUUCGAGUCGACCCAUCAGUUACAUUGCUUGUAUAACCUCUUUCGCGCGUCGCAUGUGGACUAUUAUGAACCAGAAAGAAAGUUCCUGCUCCACAACCCGGAGAAGUAUCACGCCCGUCUGGACCACUGUACGGAGAUCCUGAGGCAGAAGCUUAUGUGUGAUGCCGAUGCGAGUAUCGUGACGUACGCAUGGGGGAAUGAUACCGAGAGCUACGAGGCGGACUUUAGUGUGUUGCAUCAGUGUAGAAAUUAUGAGACGCUGCUGGAUUGGAGUCGGAAACAUUCUGCUACGGGAGCCGUGUUUACGAGGGACUAG